CUGUAAAGGCGGUGGGAUUCAAAAACGCGGGGAACAGGGCAGCAAAAGGAGUUCCCGUGUGUUUUGGCGGAGGAAUACGGCGCCCAGCGACCUACCUGUGCAGACGGUGGGUCCCCCUGUGUGUUGGGGCAGGCUGACACGUGGGAAUUAGCAGUAACCAGGAUAAAGGGGCUGCCAUUCACCCUGGCUGCCAAUGGGUUAAACAGUAAUGGGUUAAAAUCAUUUAAUUUGACAUAUACAGUGUCAGUGUGUCUCUAAGCUGCCCUAACAUCAUUCUUAUCAUUUCAUUCACCUGAGUUAUCAUCAUUUGUGUUAUAUUUAUAUAUAUAUAUGUGUGUGUGUAUUGUCCUAACAUAUUUCUAAUUAUUUCCUUCAUUCCUCUUGUUUUUAUCUUGCAUAUUUUGCUUUGAAAAUGAAAAGCAAUAUACAUUAAAUACACGAAUGCUGGACGAAAAUGUCACGUUAUUAAAGGACCACUAUAGGUCUGGGUGCCAGGUCCAGCUAGGUUUAACCCUUUCUGUUGUAAACCUAGCAGUUUCAGAGAAACUGUUAUGUUUACAUAUGGGUUAAUCCAGCCUCCAAAGCCUCUAGUGGCUGUCUCGUUGACAGCCGCUAGAGGCGCUUCCGCGCUUCUCACUGUGAUUUUCACAGUGAGAAGAUGCCAGCGUCCAUAGGAAAACAUUGAGAAUGCUUUCUUAUGAGACUGGCUGAAUGCGCAUUCAGCCAGGGAUGUCAGAAGAAGGAGAGUUCCAGUGCUGAGGGAGCCCGGCGCUGGAAAAAAAGGUAAGGGAUUAACCCCUUCCUCCAACUUCAGCCCGGCGGGUGGGGGCACCCUGAGGGUGGGGACACCCUCAGGGCACUAUAGUGCCAGGAAAACACUAUAGUGGUCCUUUAAAAUAUAGUCUAACUCCCUAAUCUUAAGGGAGCUGACAUCUAACUCAGUGCCAACCGUAACUCGACUCAGUGCAAUGUCCAUUUUCAUUGACUGGUGGUGGUGGAGUAAGAAGCAGGUAUGAGGUCCAUCAGCAGGUAAGGUAAAAGGUUCUCAUGGUUCAUGUAGGUCAGUACUUGCUUGUAGUGGUCGGAUACCGCCUGCAUCCACAAACUAUGUGCAAGUUAGGCUACCGAUGGUUAUACUGGUUGUUUUUUUUUUUUUGUUUUCUUGUAAAUCUGCUAUAAAAAUGUUUUUGUCUCAACCUGCUCUUCUUCCCUUUUUUUUUUUUUUUCUAAUUUUCUUCCCUUGUAACCCCAAAGUUACAUGUACACUAAUAUUGCAGCACCCAGGUGAAGGAGGAAGGGAGAAAUCAUAAAAGGUUUUUCCCUCUUCAGUGCUUCGAUCUUUCACUAGUUGACCAUUUUCUUGAUGGAGUCAUUUGCUGGGAGUCAUGUCACUGGUUGUACAUGUACAAGAAUAGACAACAUAGGUCAGCCAACGAGACUAUAGGACCUCCGACAGGUUCUGUAGUGCAUGCUCUGUGAAAUGCCAUGGUAUCUAUUUUUGCAUCAUGAGAGCAGGUGCCUGUUCUAUUUUCCAGAAAUCUUGGCUGGUAAUUGAGUGGAAAUAGCAACAUUUGGACGCAAAAGCUUCACUGCAUUGGAUUUUAAAUUUUUCAGACUUUAUGAAAAACAAGUGACAGGGAUACUUUUAACUUUGAUUAUCUGAUUAGGAAUUCUGUUUUUGAAAACAUUCAUACAUUUAAAGCCUAAUGCUGUGUUUUUUUUUUUUUUUUGUCAAUAGAUUCCAGGAUGGAAAUAUACAGUAGGAACAGCACUAGGAGAGUGCGGAGUAGUAGCCGUUUAUCUGUAUCUGGUGCCUCCGCAUCUCAGACAACUGAAAAAUGGGGUGAAAAAGAUGGUAGUCGUGAAGAAUCUGUUGCAAAAAAUCUGGACAGAGACUUGUAUGAGGCUGCUGGUCUAACUGCAACUAGUCUCCAAGAUGAAUCAAUGCUUUAUCAAGGCAAUGAGCAAGCUGUCCAGAAUGGAGUCAUUGUAUCAGAAGUUAUCAGCUCCAAAAGAAAUAAAAGAUGGCCUGCAAGAUUGUUCUCCAUGCUGUGCUGUCUUGUCGUUGUUUGCAUCCUCGCUGUUAUGCUUACAGUUAUUUAUCUCAUGAUGGAUGGUGAGUACUCGCUCUCUCAAAACAAUGUUUAAAGUAGUUCUGAGGGGUAUAUACUUAAGUAAUGUACAUGCUGUCCAGUGUAGUCAUAAUAAGCAUGCACUGGCAUAUUGUGCACAACUCAUACAUUUCUUCCUCUCCUGAUAUCUAUGAAAGCCAAAGUAACUACGGUCUAUUCAUGAAAUAGAAGUGCUGUCUGCUAUAGUUUGUGGAUUAUUAAUGGUUAAAACAAGAGUAAGCAAAAAAAGUCAGUUCCUUUAACCCAGUAAACACUAUUUCAUCAUUUACCUGGCCGAAUAACGCAGAGGACGUCCAAUGUACUUCUGGGCCACAAUGACUUUGCCGUCCAUAAUUCAGUGGACGAGCACCUGCAUGUUUAUGCAUCUAACAGAUAAAUGCCAAAGGCACACAUGCAUGCUCGUCAUUUUCGACAACAUUGCGAUACACAUCCAUGUUCCAUGCAUGUGAUACAGCAAGAGUUUAGCAAUAUCUGUACUUUUUACCGGCAAAGCAUGUAAAUAAAAGUACCUUUAAAGAAUUAAAAAAAAAAAAAAAAAUCACCAUCAAUAGUUACAUUUUAUACGCACACUAGGCCUCAUUAGGGUUUAAACAUUGCAAGAUAUUUUUGGCUUGUGUUUUAAUAUUUAUGUUGAUCUAACAAACUGUUUUGUUUGAUGAAAUAAGAACCUGUCAUCUAUUCCAUUUGCUAUAUUCUAUUGCUGACUAACAACAUCUAUUUUUAAUUUUUUUUAAAUUUUUUUUUUUAUUUUUGUUUCAUUUCUUUUCUCAAUGUAGAUAUGAAAUCUGGAAGAGAGGUUAAUGAAGAUGGAGUAAAAACUAGUAUAUUAGGUAUGUCCAUGUAUGUAUUUGGGUAGAAGUGUGAAGAGACUAACUUCCAUGUAAUCACAGCUUAAUUCAUAUGUGAAUUUAAGCAAAAUCUUUUAUUUACAUAUGUUUGUCACACAAUUUCCUCUUUUGGCAUAGGAUUCUGGGGCUUGUUUGUCCUGUCUGUCAUAGUGGGACUUUCCUGCUGCAGCUUUUCCUGGACUGUGACAUAUUUUGACUCAUUUGAACCUGGAAUGUUUCCCCCUACUCCAUUGUCCCCAGCACGUUUCAGGUAAGGCCUGUUUGAAUUUGAGAAAAUAUGAAUUUUUACAAGUGCAUUAAAUUGCCGCACUUCCUGACCAAGAAGAGGCUCCACUUGUUCGGGGCCUCUGCUUCUUUUUUUCUUCUUUCUUCUUCUUCUUUAAUUAAAGGGACAUAAAAGUAAAAUUCCACUAUUUCAGUCAGAUGGUCUCUCUGAGAGCCCAUCUUAUUGGUACAGUGUAAAGAUUUGACACGCAUGUGCACUAACCUACCAAUGCUUUCAAAUGGGAAGAUCAUGUCUCGAUGAACCAAAGAGGUAAAAUGUUGGAGACCAGUGCUGCGAGGGAGAAAAAGUAGGUAAACUCACUUCUUUUUUUUAACCCUAGCAAGGGGGAUAGUCACCUAACUGGUGACUGGGGCUCUAUGACAUUAGGAAUACCCAUUUGCCCAGCAGUGGCAGUUGUCCCCCAGCCACAGUACCACUUAUUAGUUUGGCUAGUAACCUCUAAUUCUCUGGCAUUGGUAGUUGUGGAGGGGAACGUUGCUUAGCAGACACCUGAUACGUUCAGCUGUUCUAAAAUGGGUUGACUACUUAAAAGGAGUGUGUGAACACCAGGGCACUACUGGCACCAUAACCACUACAACAUGCUGUAGAACACUCCACUGCACAAAUAAAAAAAAUCACUGUUUAGUAGAUACACCCAAAAUGAAACCAUUUAUGCAUUCUUAAUUGGAGAUAUGUCUAAAACCGCCUGCUAAACCUGCAGUUCUCUUGUCGGCAGCCUUUGCAAGUCCUCUUUUAACCCAGACUUCUGUGGCUGUCCAAUCCCAGAUUUCCCAGAACAGCUCAAUGAGAAGUCUGUGCAAGGCAUGUGCUCUGGGCAAUUGCUGAGUUUUUCUCCACUGGGCUAGCCAAACCAGAAAGUAACAGAACCUGUCUGCUUGAAAGUCAAAGGGGUGUAACCAGGUUAAUUUAUAAAAGUGUCCGGUUUUUAAGGAUAUCUGCACUUUUUCCAAAAUACAAAUAAAUAGGACAUAUUCUUCACACACAAAGCUUUUCAGCAAAAUAAAGUGCUCUGGGGGUCUGGCGUGUCCAUUUAAAGCAUGGGUUGCCAACCUGGUCCCUACCGCCCACCAGUGGGCGUUUUGGGAUUCCAGGUGGGCAUGAAAGCACGAGCGCGUGUGCCUGAACGCGCAUGUGCGCCAAUAUCGCACGGGUGUGUGCUCGUGAACGAGUAACACGCAGGUAGAGGAAGGGGAGGAGGUAGGGGGAUACACGAUAGCAGGGAGCGAAGUACUUGGAAAAUAGGAGAAAGAAGGAGCAGAGUAUUUGUAAAAAAAAAAAAAAAGGAGAAAGAAGGAAAAUAAAAAUAUAAAAAGGAAAAGGAGAGAAUUGUUUUUGGAUAUUAUUAUUAUUAUUAUGUGGGCUACCUAGCUCAGCCUUCCUGCUGGGCAUUGCUAUAAGGAAGGUAAAAAUAUAAAAAAGGAAAACAAAGGUGGGGAGGGGAAUUGGGAGAGGAGGGGAUGCACAGAUGAGAAAUCAUAUUCUGACUAAACAGAGAAAUAGUCUGAAUAUCACCGAAAGAGGAGACCUUUGUUUGUUCCUUACUAAAAUCGAACCAGAUAUCAAAUAUUUAGUCUCGCAGCAUAAUCCUCAAGGAUCUCAUUAAUCACUAGUUAAAGAUAAUUUCAAUUUACUUAAUUGGUUUCUCAUUAAACUUUUAUAAAGUUAAAAACAUUAUAAAUAUGCAUAAAGUAGAAAUAAAAAGAUAAAUGUUUAAAAAAAAUCCUCAUUCUAAAAAAAUAUUCAGCACUUGCACGAAAACUGGUGGGUGGUAAGGACAUUUUUCAAUCAAGAAAGAUGCAUUAGUGGGCAGUAGAUAGAAAAAGGUUGACUACCCCUGAUUUAAAGCAAUACUAUAGAUAAUAAAUCCACUUUCAUUUAAUGAAGCCGUUUUGGUGUAUAGAUCAUGCCGCUGCAGUCUCACUGCUCAGUUCUCUGCCAUUUGAGUUAAAUCACUUUGUUUAUAUAGUCCUGGUCCUACCUCCCUGCAUGUGACUUGCACAGCCUUCCCAAACACUUCCUGUAAAGAGAGCCCUAUUUAGGCUUUCUUUAUUGCAAGUUCUGUUUAGUUUUACAUUUCUUAUCUCCUGCUCUGUUAAUAUUGUCUUUUUAGACUCUCCUGUGUGCACAGCUGAUUGAAAGUGUUUUUUUUUCAUGGAGGCUAAAUGAGUCACAGCCAGGUGUGGCAAUGGCUGCAUAAGCAAACUGAUUUCACUCGUAAAUGGCAGAGAAUUGAGCAGUGAGACUGCAGUGGCAUGUUCUAUACACCAAAACUGCUUCAUUAAAGUAAAGUAGGUUUUGUGACUGUAAUGUCCCUUCUAGUAGGAAACCACUAACCUACCAAAUUAACUAGCCUGUGAAAAGGUUUUGUCAAAAAUCACUAAAGUUUGUAAUUAUUAAAUCUGUAAUGUCCCUUUAAACUAUCAUGCUUAUUGGGAAGUUUGUUUCUGGGUCUGUUUAGCUCUCCCUCAAUAUAAAGCUCCACAUACCACAAUUUUUGUGAUACUGCUCGGUAAAAGAACACACAUGGACUUUAGCUGCUUUACUUAUAUAAGCACAUAAAUAAAAUGUAAAAAUCGUAUUUAUUUCCUACCAUGUUAGCGUACAGCGUAGAUGAACUUUCAGAGCAAAUACCGACCGGUAUAUGUUAAAUGAAUACCUCGUCGCUCUGCUAUUAAUGAAUGCACCCAAUAAAUUGGUCAGUAGAUGGUGUGCUUGUAUGGUAAGCUGCUUCAACAAAGCUCAGUCCAGAGAUAUCAGCAUGAGCUCCAUUCGUUUUAUACUGUGUAAAUUAGUCCUGUCUAUAGCAAUUUAAAAAAACAACAACAAUUUUUAAGGUGCAGUCUCAUAUAUUUAUCUAAUUUAGAUGUGUUCUCUAUUUUUGAUUAGAGUACCAUUUUUUUUUUUAGAUAGAAUUUAAAAAAAAAAGCAAAACAACUUUAAACCUAUUUAUUCCAGUGCCAAGACAAUCUUAUCACCAACGGAGAAUAGCAUUGCAGAGAACUUUUGUCCAGUCAUAUGCUUCAUAUAGAGAGGCAUUGAAGACACACAACACAUGCGCGCUAAACACCAAUGUCUUCCAAAUCAAUUCAAACUCAAUCCAAUGAUUCUCAUUGGAAACCUUGGAUGCACACGGAAUCUGGUGUUCGCAUACUUUAUCUGCUGGUGCCUGAUGUGAAAUAGAAGCAGUUUUUUAAAAAUCUGUCAGAAGUCCCCAAUGGAUGUCUGGCUGACAAAGACUAGUAGAUGUGAGUAUUACAAAAUAUAAACUGUGCGAUUUCUCAGAAACUGCUCUGUUUUCAUUUGCUAAACUGCCGUGGCAACAGCUAUGCCUCAAAAUCUGUACAUUAAAGGAACACUAUAGGGUCAGGAACACAAACGUGUUCCUGACCCUAUGGUGUUUAAUCCACCAUUUAGGUGGCUUGCCUCCUUAGAAAAGGUGAAAACUAACCUUAUUUCCAGUGCCACGUGGGUCUGCUGAUGCUGGCCCCACUCCUGAACCGCCUUCUUGGUGACAUCAGAAUUGCAGAUUUUUAGCCAAUCCAAUGCUUUUCCCAGACUAAAAAAAACAAAACCCACGUUGAUUUCAAACGUUAAAAACCUCUUUUUAUGUUGUUCAUCCAACAGAAUGCAAAACCCCAGUUUGAAGUGUUGGCCAGUUGUGCCACAAAAAAGGGGGGUGGGCAAAUGUUUUACUCCAUAAUGACCAUCUGAUUUCUACUCUGAUCAACAAACUGUUCGUAUGCAUAAUACAUCCUAUUUAUAUCCUUGAGUAUUCUGUUUAAAACAAAACAUAGAGUCCUUUUUAACAAAAAGUAAAACAAAAGCUACAUUAUUAAAGAAUGAACAAGAAAAAUGAUUAUCACUUCAGAAAGUUUUGUUACAAGAAUGCCAUAAAGGCUGAGUAGCAGGCUUGACACCUCCAAUUUUUAAUUCUUGAGACCUGCAAUAAUUAGCUUAAAAUAAUCUUACUAGAAUUGCAAACGUCUUUAAGUUCUGCAGCAAACAGUCCUCUCCCAGAACAGCAGGAGGAUACAAUAAACAGAAAGCUCUCAUUCUGGUCUUUUCUUGUGAAACCCUAUUUAGCUGGAGUUUAUGGGAAAAAGUAGUUCAACUCCCAGGGCACCUCUUGUUAUAGUGAGACUGCAACCCAUUUAUAUAAAAACCUGAAUCAAAAGCUUGUGCAGUGCUGCCCUUGGGCUCCCUACUGCUGCAAUUCCUUCUUUGAUAGCACUGAUCCAAGAUCUUCAACAAAUUGGUGGCUAUAAGCCACAUUGAACAGAGUGUACCGUAACCUUUCGAAAACUGGAAAAUUAUUGUGAUUUAUUGAGCAGGCCAAAACGAAUACUUGUAAAGUAACUGGAUGGAGUGAACAUACAACUAAACUGAAAGUAUUUUUAGGACAAAAAAUGGAAUUGUCUAAGCCAGCGUUUUCCCAAUUAGUGUUCCACUUUCGCUUAAGGAAGCAGUUUUGGCCUAAGCAAAUCGCCGCGGCCCAAGCAUUUUGGGCCACCCGAUGGUUAUCCCUAAACAGGGGUCCGGUCAGGCGCUGCAGUCAUCUAAAACCGCGACGGUACCCCUGUAGAAUUGGAUGCUGGGAGGAAGUGACGGCACUUCCUCCCAGACAGAGCGCGCCGCCUGGAGGGGGAGAUGGAGCAGCGGGGACUGAGCACACCAACCUCAGCCAGCAGCACUGAAGAUCCUCCUGCAGAAAAAAACAUGUUUUUACACACACGCACGCACUGGCACAUACAAACACACUGUAUGUAUAUCUGUGUGCCAGUGUGUAUCUGUGUCAGAUACACACACUGGCACAUUUAUAAAAAAAAAAGUCCUUACAGCCCACCAGUUUUCGCGCAAAUGCUGAAUAUUUUUUAGAAUGUACGUACAUUUAUCUUUUUAUUUCUACUUUAUGCAUAUUUAUGUUUUUAACUUUAUUGUUUUCUCAUUAAACUUUAUAAAGUAAAUUGAAAUUAUCUUUAACUAGUGAUUAAUGAGAUCCUUGAGGCUUAUGCUGCGAGACUAAAUAUUUGAUAUCUGGUUCGAUUUUCGUAAGGAACAGACAAAGGUUUCCUCUUUCGGUAAUAUUCAGACUAUUUCUCUGUUUGCUCAUAUGAUUUCUCAUCUGUGCAUUCCCUCCUCAAUUCCCCUCCCACCUUUGUUUUCCUUUUUAAUAUUUUUUUUACCUUCCUUAUAGCAAUGCCCAGCAGGAAGGCUGAGCUAGGUAGCCCACUUAUUAUUAUUAUUAUUAUUAUUAUUAUUAUUAUUAUUAUUAUUAUUAUUAUUAAUAAUAAUAAUAAUAAUAAUAAUAAUAAUAAUAAUAUUAGCCAAGAACAAUUCUCUUCUUUUUCCUUCUUUCUCCUUUUUUUACAAGUACUCUGCUCCUUCUUUCUCCUUUUUUUCCCCAAGUACUCUGCUCCUUCUUUCUCCUAUUGUACAAGUACCCUGCUCAUUCUAUCUCCUAUUUUCCAAGUACUUCACUCCCUGCUAUCGUGUAUCCCCCUACCUCCUCCCCUUCCUCUACCCGCGUGUUACUCGUUCACGAGCACACGCAUUCGUACGUGCAUACGCCCGUGCGAUAUGGGCGCACAUGCGCGUUCAGGCACACACGCUCGCGCUUUCAUGCACUCGAAUCUGCAACCUAGCAUUUCCUGCUUACCACUGAGUGCAUGAGAGAUGAAUAAAGUGUUUAUCUCUCUAGGUGGAGGGAGGAUUCUGCUACCGCCCACCUGGAAUCCCAAAACGCACAGUGGUGGGUGGUAGGGACCAGGUUGGCAACCCAUGCACUAUGUAAAAAUUAAUUGGGAACCCCUGGUCUAAGCAGGUCAUGGGACCUGCAUCCUAGUGAGAAUGUUUAACUUGUUGAGGACAUUAAUCUUAGAGAAGAAUAGUUCUAGUUUGGCUCUCCUGGUGCUUUGUCUCAUUAUAUGACAUUACUAAGUACCCAUAGCUUAUGUAUUUCUACAGUUUGAAUAAACAGAUGACUCCUUUUGGCUAUCAGAUACUUGCUCUAUUUAUCUUUGGAUAUAGUCCUCCUCGUCACAAUGCAGCAAUUACAAUUACUCGUUAAUAUGCUCUAGUAGUCUCUCAGUGCUUAAUCUACACUGUUUUGAAUUGAGCCAUGUUGGUACAGUUACUUUGGUUAUUAAAACGUAUUGAGCACUUUAAAUCUCUUGAAACAUUUAUCUUUAGUCAAUUUGAAGCUCACAGACUUCUGUAUGCUUCUGAGAUCUGCCCUCAGUCACAAACUGCAAAACGAACAUGAAAUUUUUUUUUCAUUCCAGUAAUAAAUUGUUUUCAAAAUGUAAAAAUGCUAUAAGCAAAGAAUUUGAUCAAUUUCACCCAUGUUGCCAAAUCUAACAUAGCACAUUCAAUUAGUUUUUGUCUUCCAGAAAAGUUCUAACUUAUUUAUUUUUAUGGCUCCCUGUAACAUUGCUUAUUGCAAGCAUUUUUAAAAAGUUGACAUACAUACGUGUGUGUGUGUGUGUGUGUGUGUGUAUAAUUUUAUUUUAAUUUUUAUAUAUAUAUUGUUGAAAUAUAGGCUAGCACUCAUGGUCUUGUAGUUAAAAGAUCAUCUUUAUUCAGUUAUUCCAUAAAAACUCGACGUUUCAGCCCACGUACUGGGCUUUCUUCAGGAGCAACAAACAACAAUAACAUAUCAGCCUAUAAUGCUGCAAUAUAUACUCAUAAGUAGGAGAGAAAGAGAAGAGGAAAUUUUAAAAAGAUUACUCACCACAGGUGAUGUCUAUUUGCCGGUCGUGUGCGUCUGCAUAAAGGUAUAACAACCCGGAAGUACUAUGCGGGGACGUGAUUUCCGAAGCUAUGAUGUGCUCAGUGCGUGUGCACCUGCAUGGGGGUAUCUUACCUGGAAAUAUAGUGUAUAGAUACGACCUUGUAUACAUGGUUACCAGCCUUCGCGAGAGGGUAGCAUGGAAACCAUAGUAAACAGUAAUAAAAACCGGUGCUAUGACAAGACAUCGGAAGCAUAGAACCAAUUAAUAUGUGUGAUGCCAUCAAUAGAAUAAUCUAAUAGUGCUAGUAUAUAUAUGGGAGCAGGAAUCACGCCAUAAGCUCCUGUAAAUAAAGUGUCAAAAUAUAUAAAGUGAAACUAUGCAUAACAGAGUAACUGAUCAGGCUAAAUAUAAAAUUUAGCAUUUAGCCAGAUCAGUUACUCUGUUAUGCAUAGUUUCACUUUAUAUAUUUUGACACUUUAUUUACAGGAGCUUAUGGCGUGAUUCCUGCUCCCAUAUAUAUACUAGCACUAUUAGAUUAUUCUAUUGAUGGCAUCACACAUAUAUUAACUGGUUCUAUGCUUCCAAUGUCUUGUCCUAGCACCGGUUUUUAUUACUGUGCAGGGCGGUGUGACAAGGGCUGCAAAAACAAAGUGAUUUAAUUCCUAAAUGGCAGUGAAUUGAGCAGUGAGACAGCAGGGGCAUAAUCUAUACACCAAACCUGCUUCAUUUAGCGAACGUUGUUUUGCCUGUAGUGCCCCUUUGAUCUCUUAUUCAUUAAAGGGAUACUCUAACCAUCAUAGCCACUAAAGAGUGCUGUAGUAGUUAUGAUAGUAGACUUCUUGCACCGUCCAACAGUAAGUUGUGAAACCAAACCGAGUGUGUAUGUAUAUAUUGUUUCAGGCUUAUUGAUUACCUCUCAUGGGUGCUGUUAGAUGUCUACAUUUUGGCUGUCUUUAAAAAAAUAAAUAAAAUAAAAUCCCAUUUAUGCUCUUAGACAGUUGAAGAGUUUGAUAGUCAGGGCCGUCUUUAACGCGGGGCAAACGGGGCAGCUGCCGGUCAGGCAGGAAGGCGGGCGCGCGAGGGAGCACUCACUGCUUCCUCUUCAGCUCCCUCGCGCACCGCACUGAUGCCGGAGCCGGAAGAUGACGGCCAGGAGCCCAGCAGCACCACUGGACCCCAGGGAAUCCCCCCAGCACUCCAAAAGGUAAGGAGGCUGGGGGGAUUACAUUUAAAAAAAAAAAAUGUGUGUGUUAGUGUAUGUGUAUUUGUGUGUUAGUGUGUGUGUGUUAGUGUAUGUGUUUGUGUGUGUAUUUGUGUGUUAGUGUAUGUGUGUGUUAGUGUAUGUAUGUGUUUGUGUUGGUGUAUGUGUGUUAGUGUAUGUGUUUGUGUGUGUGUGUGUUUGUGUUUGUGUGUUAGUGUAUGUGUGUGUUAGUGUAUGUAUGUGUUUGUGUGUUUAUGUGUGUUAGUGUGUGUGUGUUUGUGUGUUAGUGUAUGUAUGUUAGUGUGUGUGUUUGUGUAUGUGUUAGUAUGUGUGUGUGUCAGCAUGUCUGUGUGUGUCAGUAUGUCUGUGUGUCAGUAUGUGUAUGUGUCAGUAUGUCUGUCAGUGCGUCAGUAUGUCUGUGUGUGUGUGUCAGUAUAUCAGUCUGUGUGUGUCAAUGUAUGUGCCUGUGUGUGUGUGUGUGUGUCAGUAUAUCUGUCAGUGUGUGUGUGUGUCAGUAUAUCUGUCAGUGUGUGGGUGUCAGUAUUUCUGUCAGUGUAUGUGUGUCAGUAUGUUGAUCAGUGUAUGUGUCUGUGUGUGUGUGUGUGUCAGUAUGUCUGUAUAUGUGCCUGUGUCAGUUUGUCUGUCAGUACGUCUACCAGUGUAUGUGUCUCUGUGUGUGUCAAUAUAUGUACCUGUGUCAGUGUGUCUGUCAGUGUAUGUGCCUGUUUAUCUGUAUGCAGUCAGUGUAUGUAUCUGUGUAUCUGCUUGUGCAUCAGAGUGUGUACCUGUGCAUCUGAGCCGCAACUUUAAAUACAAAUACACCCCUCCAUUCAAACUUCAACACUACAUAUAAAACACACUCCUGCAUUGAAACGUCAACACUACAUACAAGCACACUCCUACAUUCAAAAACAAACACUACACAUAAAUGCACACUUGCAUUCAAACUCCAGUACCACAUACAAACACAUUCACACAAACAUACUCCAUACAAACACAUGCUUACAUUCAAACAUACUAACAUGGCUCAGUGCUAAAUACAACCCUGCAAGCAUGGGAAAUUGGUAGAGUCCCAGCUGUCAAAGCAUUGUUGGAGUUGCACGACAGAUGGGGUUCUACCUUUAGUCCAACCUUGCAAUUGGGGGUCCCAAUAAAAUUCAUUCUACUUUAGUACCGCCACUGCGUUGGGAUGGAUGCCGUGAUUGCAUACCAGGGAGUGAGGGGCGAGAGCGGCAGGGCACAGGGGGCCCAAGCAAACACUUGCCCAGGGUCCAUUCGUUAUUAAAGACGGCCCUGUUGAUAGUACAGGUUUGUUGAAAUCAAUGCUGUGGUUUUUGGGGUUUUGUGAAGGGGCAGCAGAGGAACUGUUACAGACAGAAUUCUGAACAAGUAAUACAAUGGAACUGCUGUGAGGUCAAUAAGACAUUAACAGCACCUGUAACACUCUGGAAAGUAUUUGAGAAUUUUAUUACCAUAUGUGCUUGUACACAGCAUGAAUCAUUUGAAGAUCUUUUUAUUUAUAUUUUUUUUUUUUCAUUUAUUUAGAAAAUUUGUCGUUAAACUUUUUUUAAUAGCUUCUAGUCUGUUUGGAAAGCAAACAUUUUGGCAAAAUGUUAGUAACAUUUGUUAAAUGCGAUUCACCAUCUGCCUAUAAGUUUAAAUAUGUUCUAAAUCCAGUAUCCCAGAUCGAACCAUUUUUUUCCAAGUAAAUCUUCAAAAAACAAGGAUUAGUAGGAAAGCCUGAAUGCUGUUUUCUUUAAAAGAUGUAAUCUUUAUUCCGAGGUAAGUGAAAAUAUAAAUGGUGGAAAAUGCAGAAUCCUGAAUAAUGAAAUUAACAGCAAGUCACAAUGUGCCCACCAACACACUAUCACCUCCACACACACCAAUUUUAUAUAUCCAGUAAGAAAGUGGGAGUGAGGAAGCUUAAAGAAACACUGCACUGUAUAAAGUUUAUUUUUACAAAUUCCUCUGUGUGAACAAAAUUUGGCUUUUUGAAAUUUGGACAUGUUAUGUUCCCUGAUAUUUUACUUUUAAGAGUGGCUUUGAAGUAAGGUUGUAAGAAGGCAGUGACUCAUUCUGAGUUGGACUGUAGCUGUCCUGUUACUCUCUCAGUUGCUCUGUAUGCUUAUCAUAUACCCCUCUAUAAGCUGACUUACAAUUGAUUGUUCUUCCAGUAAGAUCAACCAGCAAGAUCUGUCAGCUAGGAAAGUGCCUGCUUGGUUUGCACUUUUUUUUGUUAUAAUCAUAAUUUUAAUACAGUACAUCCACUUAAAAUGUAUACUAUAACUUGCUUCACUGCAAUGUCAAUUUCUAUACAGGUUGACUAAUAUAUAAUUUUUUUUUUUUCUUCUAGGAAAAUGACAGGACACUCUUUUCACAUGGGAUAUACCAUGGCGAUUCUUAAUGGCAUUGUAGCAGCGCUGACUGUCAUUUGGUGCAUGAUUUAAAUGGACACAAUGCAAGGAUCUCAAUUUAUGUACAACUCGCUGAAUUUUAGAUAUUGCUAACAAAUACCAAUGCUAAUGCAGCUAUGUGAAUAUGUCCAGUAUUGAGGAAAUUUGUAUGGUUUUAUAAAUAUAUAUGUAUAUUGGUUUGAAUGACUUGUAAUUAACAUGAUUUAUAUAUUUAUGUAAUAACGCUGUUUAUACAGAAAGGAAUUUAUAGGAACUGUUUAUAUUCAGUUUUAUUUUAUGGUUUAGGGUAACUUAAAGUUCAGUAGUUUUAAAAUAACUCUCCAAACAAUCAUGACCCUUUAUGGCAUGCUGUAGUGGUUAUGGUGCCAAGAGUGGCAUUGGGCCCCCUCUCUCCUAUUGUAAGUAGUCAAUCUGUUUGACAUCUUACCUGGACUAAUUUGCUGGUCACUAUUCCUUGUCUCUCUGUAGCCACCAGGAGAGCUGGACCUCCUGCCCAGGAUCCUCCAUUUAGCUCUCCUGAGCUAAGUCAGUAUAUUGGCUUAGAGCAGGGGUGUGGAAUCUUUGGCCCUCCAGAUGUUUUGGACUACAUCUUCCAUGAUGCUCCUACAGCCAUAAUGCUAGCAAAACAUCAGGAGAUAUGUAGUUCACAACAUCUGGUGAGCCUGAAGGUUCCCCACCCCUGGCUUAGAGCAUCAGCUGAUUGCUCUCAGCCAAUGAGGUAAGCCUUGCACCUGCAGGCUUAGGUGAGAGUGGUGCCUGGCAGACCUGAGGUGAGAAGACAAACUGCUUUAAAAUGGUUUAACUACUUAUAUUGGGCGGAGGUACCAGGUUACCCCUGGCACUAUAACCACUGCAUCAUGUUGUAGUGGUUAUAGUAUUUGGAGUGUUCUUUUAAGUACAGGAGAGUGUUAGAGGGAUGGAGAUAGAUAUAUAUAUAAAUAAAAUUAGGUUUACUUUACUAUGUUUUAAAAAUUAGAAUGCUCUUGAAAUUGUUUUUUCAAAUGUGUUUCAGAAAAGGAAAAAUGUUGCCAAAAGUUAAAAUUAUUUAUAUUGUAUCAUAAAUGUAAAUUAAAUAGGAAUGUAUUUCUAGGAAUGUGGUGUCAGGGGCCCCAGGACUUUUCCAUUUAAGUGUUUUAAACAUAUUCAAAUGGCACAAAAUACGGUCAGUGAUGGCAGAUGUCUUCCCUGAAUAUCCAAAUGUGAUGGACUGUUCUAUCAAUGUAUUGAGCAGGGAAUCCAUCUUCUCAGUGCACCCAACAAAAAGACCUAUAUGACCUGCAUCGCUUUCAACUUACUUUCAACUUAAAAGCAUAAAUAAAACUGUGAGCAGAAUGGUAGCAUACAUGGUUGUUUUUUUUUUUGUAACUUUAUUGUGGGAGUCUUGAUAAUAUCAGAUUACAUCUGCAUACAUUAAUGGCAUUACAAAAGGCCACCAGAACCACGUCAUCUUAAUUUAGUGGUUCUGGGCCAUAGGGACUGUCCCUGCAGCCUCAGCAGUGUAAACGGUACCUUUUUUGAGUAAAGGCAAUGUUUACAUUGCUGCCUAGUACCACUAGAGACUUCCUGGAUUUGGUCCUGCAAAGAUUGUAGGAAACGCGUUCAGAAUAUCCAGUGCUGAACCCUUCCCAUAGAGAAGAAUUGUCUCCAUGCAUUUCUAUGAGGAGAUGAUGAUUUACACAGUGCGGUGAUACUAUCCUUCCAAUGUUUCAAUUUAAUAGUGGAUUGUCUUAAAUAAUCAAGAGUGGCAUUUGAGACACUUUUAUUCCAUGGGAAUAAAGUUAGCCUUUUUUUAUUUUUAUUUAUUUAUAUUUUUGUAGGGUCUAAGACAAUUUUUCUUUUUUUAGUAUCUUUUAAAAUAUAAAAAUGUAUUUUUAUUUAUUUUUAUACUUUUUAGGCUAUGUUGCUCUGUAAGGUAAAUAUCUGUAUUUAAACGUAUACUCUUGGGACCAUAACAUGCUGUUGUGAUUAUAGUAUCAGGAUUAGCCUUUUUAGUAUAAUUACCCAUCGUUAUGUUUGUAGUUUGGGGAAAUUGUAUUGAUGAUUGAGUAAAAGCAUUCUACUGAUAUUUGACUGCUGCACUUUCUAUAACAUUUUUGUUCAUUUGAUUUUUUUAAUUUUAAAUAAAGGGCUUUAACACUCAG